UUGGCCGCGACACUUGAGUUAAGCGCAAGCGAUACAGCAAAAUCCAAAACAAAAACCGUCGACGGCCAACAAAAAAUAAAUUUGUAGUCAAGUCGGCGAAAAGACACAAAAGCCAAUAAGAAAAAAAAAAUUGCAACAUCGAAAACGCGCGCGUGUGUGUGUUUCGCUCAAGGAGAAGUUGCUUAGAAGCGAGAGCGUUUUGAAGGAGUGUGACUGAGACGGCAACAAAAUGGCGGCAGUGGAAGUACACAACGGCUAUAAGUACUAUGGCUCCAAAAAAAAUCCCAAGAUUGUGCUCAAUCAGCUAAACAUGAACGUCAUGCGUGGCUCCAUCUAUGGCCUGCUGGGCGCCUCGGGCUGUGGCAAAACCACUUUGCUCAGCUGCAUUGUGGGCCAGCGUCGUCUCAAUGGCGGCGAGGUCAGCGUGCUGGGCGUCAAGCCGGGCGAACCAGGCAGCGGUGUGCCGGGCUCCAGAGUGGGCUUUAUGCCCCAGGAGAUAGCUUUAGUGGAGGAGAUGACUGUCAAGGAGACAGUGUUCUAUUUUGGUCGCAUCUAUGGCCUCACAGAUGAAAAGAUACGCGAGAAGUUCAAGCUGCUCAAGGAGCUGCUGCAGCUGCCGCCGGCCAGGCAAAUGGUGAAGCAGUGCAGCGGCGGUCAGCAGCGACGCUUGAGCUUUGCCUGCGCCAUGAUACACGAUCCCGAGCUGCUCAUACUGGAUGAGCCCACCGUGGGCUUGGAUCCGAUGCUGCGUGAAAAAAUCUGGGACUUUUUGGUGGAAACUACUAGAAAUAGCAAAUUGGCUGUGAUUAUAACUACACAUUAUAUUGAAGAGGCCAACCAAGCAAAUUGCAUUGGUCUUAUGCGCAAUGGCGUGCUACUGGCUGAGGACACGCCCACAAAUAUUAUGAUUAAAUUUGGCACACAAUCCAUUGAGGAUGCAUUUCUUUUGCUCAGCCAGCGCCAGGGCAACGAGGAUGAGCUGCAACAGAUAUUGGAUCAUAGUAAGACUCAAGCAUUGCCUGCAGCAAUUUUGCCGCCCGAAGUGAUCGAUGUGCAUGAGCCGACGAAUGAUGAAAAGCCGCCCAUACCCUAUGAGGAGCCAGCGACAGAGAAUCGCAAAAAAGUUUUCUUCACCACCAAGGGUCGCAUCAAGGCGCUGAUGACAAAGAAUUUUGUGCAAUUGUUUAGACAACCCUCUGGCAUUAUAUUCAUGCUGCUAUUUCCUAUUAUACAACUUUCCUGCUUUUAUCUGGCCAUAGGCAAAACGCCUAAGAAUCUGGAGUUGGGUAUUUACUCCGGCGAGAUUGGCAACUAUAGCGAGUGCUUCGAUCCCAGUCUGCGCACCACUGAAUAUUAUUUUGACAACGAUACGUGCAUCUUUAAUAAGCUCAGCUGUCGCUAUAUACAGGAGCUGGGCGACGACAUAGCCAUACGCAAAUACUAUGCAAGUGAGGCGGCUGCUUUCGAGGAGGCCAAGCGAGCGACCACAGUGGGUUACAUUUACUUUUCGCAAAACUUUAGCAGCUCACUGCACGCUCUAAUGGACGAUGGUCGUUAUGCCAGCGAUGGUGCUGUGGAGAAUGCCGAACUCACUAUACACAUCGAUAUGACGGAUCAACAAGUUGCGUACUUUAUGCAGCGUAAAUUGCGUGACAAGUUUGCCGAUUUUAUGGAUGGCGUCGUUAAGGAUUGCAAUCUAUCGUCGGCUUUCGUUAAGUUGCCCGUACAGUUUCAGGAUCCGAUUUAUGGCUCGGCGGAUAUCGAAUUUCAGCAAUAUUGUGCGCCGGGUGUGGUAAUGACCAUGGUCUUCUUUUUGGCCACCCUAAUGACUGCCGCUGUGUUCAUAUCGGAGCGCAUGGAUGGCAUUUGGGAUCGCACCUUGUUGGCGGGUGUUUCGGCCAACGAAAUGCUUUGGGCUCAUCUGCUGACGCAAUUGAUUAUUAUGGCUCUGCAAUCGUUUGAGGUCAUCAUGUACAUUGGCAUUGUAUUCGAUACGUAUAACAAAGGCGAUACAACGACGUUGAUAGGUCUGCUGACGCUUACAGCAUUUUGUGGCAUGUUGUUUGGUCUGUUCAUCUCUGUUUUCUGCAAAUCGCAUACAGAGGCGAAUUUUGUAGCCACUGGUGCAUUUUAUCCCAUGAUUAUACUCUGCGGCUUGCUGUGGCCGCUGGAGAGCAUGCCGAGAUUUUUACAGGACGUGGUAAUGGUGCUGCCGUUUACUAUACCUUCGAUAUCGGCGCGUAAUGUUAUCGAGAAGGGCUGGAGCAUUACCAACGAAAAGGUCUAUAACGGUUUUCUGGUUAUGGCCGGCUGGACGAUUAUUUUCUUUGUGCUAUGUCUCAUUGGCAUUAGACGCAAAGCGUAGUGGGCAAACAACUUAUUGCACAAACUAUAUAUACAUUACUUCGGGGGUUUCUUUCUUUUAGUAGUCGUAGCAUAUUAGGCGAUUUUAUUGUUAUAGUAUCUAUAUAAUUUAAUUAUUAUCGAAAGCAUAUCACUCGCACGUUGUAGACUCGCUCAUCAUAAGAUAAAAACUCAUCGUUAGCCAAACUGCAUUGGGUGCUUUAGUAACUAAACUAAAGUGGCUUAUACUAACUGUAACCAAUGCUAGCUAUGUGCUCAACACAACAGUAUAAGGUCUAAAGGGUGUUCCACAUAAAAUAUUUAUAAUACCAAACAGCACACACACACAACAUUUGUAAUCAUUAAACAAAACUAUCCAUGUAAAUAGCCCAUGACAACAAUAAGAAAUGUGAAUUAUAUUUUAGAAAAAAAAAAACAAAGGAAUUUCUUAUAACGAAAAUUUUAAA